UGUUACUCCUCCAACCAGUAUCUACAAUUUUGAUCUCAGGAGCCUUGCUUCAAGCUACUCGUUUCAGGGAUUGCUUGUUUCCUGUUGUGCCAUGAUGUGGUAAUAAAGUAGCGCAUGGGUUAGCCCAACACGCUAAGUCCUUACCGAAUUCUUUCAUUUGGUUAGGAACUUGUCCUCCUUUUGUGGAGCAAUUAGUAGCUUCUAUGUAAUGUUUUCUUCUUCUUAAUAAAAUUGUCAUAGUUUGCAUAAAAAAUAAUAAAAAAAAACGUGAACGCAGGUUUCAGUUGAAACCAAACGCUCACAUAGAUAGCAAGUGUGGGUUUUUAUUUUUUUAUAGAGAGAGAGAGUAGGGAUUUUUUUUUUUUUUUUGUUCUCUCUCAGAUUUUAGAAUCAUAAGGUUUCGAUUUAGUCAAGAUUUUAUGAGAUUCUGAGAUCUACGAAUUUUGAUUUGUUUGGCUACGUUGUUUGUUUUUGUUUUGUUUUGGGUUACUAUUUUUAUUUUUUGUUUUUCAUCGCUGCAAUCAUCACUUACUUGAUUUCAAAGAUGAUCACUGAGGAGAAAACAUUUUCUUUUCAUUUCUCUCCCACGUUUUUUCUCGAGAAACUUUGAUUUUUUUUUUUCUUUCCAUCUCUCUGUCUUUCUGUCUCUCUUUCUUCGCAGAUCUAAGCUAUGUGAGAGAGUUUCCGAUUAAACCCACAUCAGAUCUACCCUCUCGUGUAGAUCUCAGCUCAGUUCCAGCAAGAUCUCUCAAAAUCCUCCAUUUAAAAAAAAAAAAAAAACUUUUCCGGAAAGUUAAUAUUUUUUUUCCCGGGAAAAUUGUGGGUGUUGGAUUGGAUGUUAACGAUGAUGAAUUAUUUUCCGGACGAGGUUUUAGAGCACGUGUUCGAUUUCGUAACAUCGCACAGAGACCGAAACGCAGUGUCUUUGGUGUGUAAAUUAUGGUACAACGUAGAGAGAUUUAGAAGGCAGCAAGUGUUCAUAGGAAACUGCUAUGCAAUCAGUCCAGAGAGAUUGAUCGCCAGGUUUCCUGGGGUAAAAGCUCUGACUUUGAAAGGGAAGCCUCAUUUCGCGGACUUCAAUUUGGUUCCUCAUGAUUGGGGAGGCUAUGUGCAGCCAUGGAUCGAAGCUUUGGCUAGAAGUCGUAUUGGGUUGGAGGAGCUUAGGUUGAAGAGGAUGGUGGUUUCAGAUGAAAGCCUCGAUGUUCUUUCUCGUUCUUUUACAAAUUUCAAGUCCUUGGUGCUUGUUAGCUGUGAAGGGUUCACCACCGAUGGCCUUGCAGCUAUAGCUGCUAAUUGUAGGUUUCUUAGGGAGUUGGACCUGCAAGAAAAUGAAAUUGAGGAAAAGAAAAACCACUGGCUUUGCUGCUUCCCCGACAGUUGCACGUCACUAGUCUCCCUGAAUUUUGCAUGCUUAAAAGAAAUUAAUUUAGCAGCUCUUGAGAGACUUGUAGCUAGAAAUCCUAAUCUUAAGGGUUUGAAGUUGAACCGUGCAGUGCCUCUUGAGGCACUUCAAAGGAUUUUGAUGCGAGCACCUCAACUAGUGGAUUUAGGAACAGGAUCUUUUGUCCUUGAUCGUGAUCCUGAUGAUUUUGAGACCUACAGAAAACUGAGGGCAACCAUUCUGAAGUGUAGAUCAAUUAGGAAUUUGUCAGGGUUUUUAGAGGCUGCUCCUCGCUGCCUACCAGCCAUAUAUCCUAUUUGCUUGAACCUGAGCUAUGCUGCAGGGAUUAAUGGUUCUGAGCUAAUCAAGCUAAUUCGCCUUUGUGGGAAACUUCAGCGCUUAUGGAUUUUGGAUUGUAUCGGAGACGAGGGACUGGAAGUUGUAGCUUCAACUUGUAAAGACUUGCAGGAAUUGAGGGUUUUCCCAUGUCAUCCCGUUGGGGCUGGGCAUGCUGCUGUAACAGAAACUGGCCUGGUUGCUAUAUCCAGUGGUUGCCCAAAGCUUAAUUCAUUGCUGUACUACUGUCAGCAAAUGACAAAUGCUGCUCUCAUAGCUGUAGCUAAGAACUGUCCAAAUUUUAUCCGCUUCACGUUGUGCCUCGACCCUAUAAACCCCGACCCCGUAACCAUGCAGCCACUAGAUGAAGGUUUUGGAGCAAUUGUUCGGUCAAGCAAGCGUCUUCAGCGAUUGUCACUCUCUGGCCUUUUUACCGAACGGGUUUUCCUUUACAUUGGAAUGUAUGCAGAGCAGCUUGAAAUGCUUUCUAUUGCAUUUGCUGGCGAAAGUGACAAGGGAAUGCUGUACGUGUUGAAUGGGUGCAAGAAGCUUCGCAAGCUUGAGAUUAGGGACAGCUCCUUCGGGGACAUGGCACUUCUAAGGGACGUGGGAAAGUAUGAGACAAUGCGAUCCCUUUGGAUGUCGUCCUGUGAUGUAACUCUUGGAGGCUGCAAGACAGUUGCGAAGAAGAUGCCAAGGCUUAAUGUGGAGAUAAUAAAUGAAAAUGACAGGAUGAAAUUUGCCCAUGAGGACAAUCAAAAAGUAGAGAAGAUGUACCUGUAUCGAACACUGGUUGGGCCAAGGGAAGAUGCACCAGAAUUUGUGUGGACUUUGGAGAAAUUAUUAUUUACACCAGGAGGACUACUAGAGGACCAGUGAUCCUCUCUGACCAAUGAGAUAAUACCAUCUAUGUAAAUGUAUGUGUGAGCUUUCUAAUCAGUAUAAGGAAUAAAAAAUAAAAAUUAUCAGAUGAUGUCACAUUUGUAUAAAUAAGAAUAUUUUAUUAGUUGGAAGGUCAGGGAAGACUACGUCAGCAGUCCUCCUAGUGAACCUAAUAAUGUAGUUAAGUUAUCAUGUAGUUGUACUUUAUUUAGGCUAACUAAUUAAUGGAUUUUAGUUGCUACGAUGA